GCUACCAUGUGCUAGAGAAAGCUGGCUGACCCAUAGAGAAGGGGAAAUUUUCCACCGAUGGAUGCCUUUUCUCGAGCCCCAUUUCUUGACUCGAAUCCUAACCGUUACCGAUGACCCCCCGUUUCUGCUGUUCUCCCGUGUUACUACUUUUGCUUUUCCGCCUAAGAAUGGCUAGAAUGGGAAAAAAGAAAGAAGGGGAAAGCAGCGUAGAAGUGGUUAGCCGCAUCCCUUCUUCUCAGAUACGAAAAGAAACCGCGAGCAUUCUGUACCGCAGAUGGCAGUCCCUAAUCAUCUUUUUAGAGGGUUUGCUGAUUAAAAUUUUUCCUCCUGAGAAGAGAUGCGAAGACGAAUAGCUGGAACGAAAAAAAAAGAAACUUGGCGAAAGAUCAAAACGUGCGGCGAAAUGUAAACUUCAG